AUGGCUCGGGAACCUUCGCAGGGCGGAGGCAGUGGAGACGGCGGCCGUCGCUUGCAGGUUCUCGGACUCUCCGGAGCGCCUCUCGUUCCUCCACCACCGGCUCACUUAAGCAACUCGAUUUCGGACGUCACGAACUACGUGUGCCAGCAAAUUCCAUGUACCCCAGAUGACGUCUACUUGGACGUGGAUUCCGACGCGGCUCUAUCCAUGUUGCGCCACGUGACAGCAGUUAUCUCGAUCGCACCUUUGUGCCUAGUGCCCGCCGAAGGAGCUGAUGCAGCGUGGGGUGUUCAGAGCGUGCGCGACCUCGAAGCCCUGAUGCACGACAAUCUUCGAGCGACGUGGCCGUUCCCUGUUCCUCCUGCGUGGCGAGUCUAUGACGGCUUUCAGCCGUUGCUUGGUGUGAUUAGAACUCUCCGCCGUGUGAACGAGGUGUCCUUCGAGCAGCGUCUGGUGGAUGUCGCCACGGAGAUAGCAGAGCUCAUCAAUGGCAUACCCGUGUGCUGUGACGCUGAAGGCUAUGUCUUCGUUACCGAAGGUUAUUGCGCAAUCGAUGACCUGCUUAAGUCAGCCUUCGGGUUGACGUCCGAAGCGAUGCACGUCAUCGACGUCGACCAGGUGGACACAUUCGAGAGCAUUUUCUGCCUCCAUGACAUGGAUGAUGAUCACGGAUAUGAUGCCCUUGAGCAAAGGAGACUGGAAAGAGCAACAGACUUGCUGCACGAGUAUGGGGAGGAAUUUUUCAUCAUCGAGUUCGGUCGCCAUUCCCACAGUCGGUCUGAGACCUCCCCCGUGUUUUGGCUGGCUCGUAGAGGCCAGUCCAUGCUGGGAGUCAUUGGCAUUUUUCAUGGCUCUAUGGUAGAUGAGUAA